UCAAAUCCAACCUAUUCAUACUCACCGUGUCAAGCAGUCAGCGUGGACCGUGGAUCGUAGUUGCCCUGUUCGUCAAGCCGUCGGUUUCCCUGUCAAGUGUUCGAGUGUCGAGUCCUACUACGAAGAAAUGCGUUCGUUCGCCGUAUUUGCGGUGGUGUCGCUAGUGCUGAUGGCAGGCGGCACCCAAUCGCUGCCCCGAUCGGCCGCCGAAAUUGCCACGGACAUCUACCGCACCUGCCUUGCCAGUGAGCAUGGGCUGAAGUGUGCCAAAGCGAAGGCCCUCGCCUGGAUGGCGAAUGUGGCCGAGCAGGACGAGAUUCCGAUCACCGAGUCAAUCACGAUCGUGCGCACCGGUACGGAGGAGCCGGAACAGCCCGCGGACACCGAGCAGCAACGUAGCGCUGGCGGAGUGCGACUUCUGAACAGUAUCGACAGCUUCCUCUCGACACACGCCCUCAAAAUGACCCCGCCUGCUGUGCUUCAGUCCGAGGAAGCUCGUGCCUACAUUCCCGACACGUUGCUGCAGGGAGGACUCGCCGACAAUCUGAUUGUGCCAUUGACGGAAGGAAACGUUGCGGAAGGACGUGGUUUUGUGAAGAAAGUCAUGAUUCCCUUCCUGCUGGGUAUCAAGUUCAAGUCGACCGUCCUGGUCCCGAUGGCGCUCGCUCUCAUCGCCCUCAAGACCUGGAAGGCCAUGACUCUUGGUCUGCUGUCGCUGGUGCUGUCCGGUGCGAUGAUGAUCUUCAAGUUCGCCAAGCCAAAGAUCGUCAACUACGAGGUGGUGCACUAUCCGCCACCGCACCAUGUGCACCACGUCGACCAUCACAUCGAUCAUCACGCACCGCACGUGCACUGGGACGCUCCGCCCGCGUGGAAGAAACGAUCAAUGGACGCCCACGAACAGGCGUACACCGGCCAGCUGUAACUAGCACACCCGUUAAGAUAUUUAUUUCGCUGACGAUGACGAUCGAAUAAAUUAUUUAUUUUCCUCAAA